AUGACACCCUAUGAGGCAUUAUAUGGCAGGAAGUGUAAGACCCCUUUGUGUUGGAUAGAAGUUGGAGAGGUAAGAGUACAUGAUUUAGAUCUAGUGCAAUACACUUCAAAGAUGGUUCUUUUGAUCAAGGAACAUUUAAAGACAGCUUUCAGUAGGCAGAAGAGUUAUGCAGAUCCAAGGAGGAAAGAUGUAGAAUUUGCAGUAGGUGAUUAUGUGUUCUUAAAGGUCUCUCCUAUGAAAAGGGUUAUGAGAUUUGGAAAGAAAGGCAAGUUGGCACCCUGUUACAUAGGUCCCUUUGGUAUCACAGACAAAGUGGUAGCAGUUGCUCAUCGGUUAGAGUUAUCACCAAACUUUUCUCAUGUUCACCUAAUGUUCUAUAUUUCCAUGUUUAGGAAAUAUGUUUCUAAUCCUUCUCAUGUGCUGCAACAAGACACAGUGGAAUUAAAUGAGAACUUGACUUUUGAGGAACAAUCAGUGGCCAUAGUGGAUUAUCAGAUAAGGCAGCUUCAGUCAAAACAGAUAUCUAUGGUUAAAGUCCUGUGGAGAAGUCAAUCUGUAGAGAAAUGCAUUUGGGAGUCAGAGUAG